GAGUCACAGGAAGCAGAAAAUCAAGUUGGCCUUUUAAGUCAAAACCACAGUGGCUACACACCAACGCUAAUCUGGCUGUAACCUGCUCAUUUAAACAAUUCAUCAAACAUCUGCUAGGGCUAGAGCUGGCAUCGUGACUCAGUUUAUUAUAUGAUAGGUUUAAGAGUGUUAUAUCUUCCUAACAAAUAUAAUAACAAAACACUUCAACAGCUUUAUUCAAGUAAAAAUGAUAUACAAUAAUUACAUGUAUUUAGUACCUGCAAUUUUAUUUGUUUUGUAUUCAUGAUGGGCACUAUCUUGUACAACAGAUCUCCAGAAUCUAAUCAUCUAGAAAAACUGAAUCAUUGUAAUCACUUAAUGCCUCCCUGCCCCCUUCCCCAGCCUUUGGAAACCAUUACUGUGGUUCUCCUUCUGUAAGUCUGACUACUUUGGAUAGCUCAUGGAAGUGAACUCGUGCAGCAUUUGUCUUUCCUGCGACUGGCUCAUUUCACUUAGUUUGAGGUUCUUAAGAUUCAUCCAUGUUGUUCCAAAUGGCAGCAUUUCCUCUUUUAAAGUUGUAAAAGUUACUUAAUAUCUGAAGGGCAGAAAGAGAUUUCACAUCCAUCGGUUCACUCUCCUAAUCCUGCAACAGCCCAGUCAGAGACAGGAGCUCUCCACAGGUGUUCCACGUGUCUGAGGGACCCACGCAUCUGAGCCGUCAUCCGCCCCUCUCAGGGUACUCAUCAGCAGGAGUGGGGAGGUGGGAGGCAGAGUGGAGCCACAGUGCAAACCCAGGCACUUUGACGUGGGUUCUGGGAGUCCCAGCUGUCAUCUUACCUGCUGCACAGAGUUCCUACUCCACGUCUGUUAAUGUGAAAUGAUAUUCCACUUCACCAUAUUUUUGAUUCAUCUGUUCAUGAACACUAAGUAGUUCCCAUAUCUUGGCUAUUCAGAAUCCUGCAAUGAAUACAAGUGUGCAGGUAUCUGUCCGAUGGACUGAUUUCAUUUCCUUUAGAUAUAAAACCCGUGGUGGGAUUCCUGGGUCACAGGAUAGCUCUAUUUAUCAAUUUUUGAAAGCACUUACUCAUUUAUUUAUUUGAAAGGCAUAAUGACAGAGACAGAGAGAGAGAUACUUACCACAUGCUGUUCACUACCCUAAACACAUGCAACAGUUGUGGUCAAGCCAGACUGAAGCCAGGACCCAGGAACUCCACCCAGAUCUCCCACAUGGAGGGCAAGAACCAAAGUACUUGGGCCAUCAUCCACUGCCUGCCAGGCACACUAGCAGGAAGUUAGAUAGAAAGUAGAGUAGCCAGACAGAACCAGACACUCUGAUACCAGAUGUCGGAGUCCUAAGAAAUGAUUUAAUUCACCGUGCCCACAGUGCCCACAGCAAGAAGAAUUUUCACUAUUUUCUCUAUCUGUUGCAGCUUAACGUCAGAAGGCUCCAAAUUUGACAUCCUAGCCAAUGCUAAUUUUAUUUAUUUAUUUAUUUAUUUAUUCAUUCAUUCAUAUGAGAGAGAGACAGAGACAGAAAGACUGAUAACUCCCAUCUGCAGUUUCACUCCUCCAAUGCCACCAGUGGCCUUGGGUCAUGCCCAGCAGAUGACCAAAACCAGGACCCACAAAUUCAACCCAGGCCCCUCAGGUGGGUGGCAGGAAGCAGGAAGCAGGUCACUGCUGUCCUGCCAGGUUCUCAUCCGCGGGGAGCAGGGGCAACGAGCAGAGCCAGGGAUUGAACCCAAGCACUGCCAUCCAGGUAGUCAACCAGAGUCUUAACCACUACUUGGCCAACACUUUGUUUUCUGUUUAUGCUUCCUUAUCUUACAUGUAUAGCUGCAUUUAACUAAGUGGAAGCUUUUGUUGAAAAGGGUCCAGUAUUACACAAUAUCUUCAAUUCAGAGAAAGGGAGAAGCUAAGGAUCCCUGAGGAGCAUGAAAGCAAAAGUCUUUCUGAACACUUGGCCCCAUUUAAAACACAGAACUGGAAGGUUUCCAGCCCGGAGACUACUGUCUGCGGUAUACAGGUUUAUAUUACCUGGAAUGAGAUAGUCAUCACCAACACCGCUCACUGCAGAAAACAAACUGGACCUCACUUCAGACUUCAGGGAAUCUGGAGUGAGCUUAGUCUGCCAAGAACCAGCUGGUGUCAGAUUCCUGUAGGGUAAGUGUAUUACAAGCUAUCUGGUUUUAACUUCACUUUCCAUCCCAUCCACUGGUUUGAUAAUAUUUUCAGUUUAGCAUUUUUCAAUACCUGUAUUAUUAGUCUUAGAGUUCUGAAUGUUACUUAGUUUCUAUGAUUACCAAAAAUAUAAGAUUUCUCUCCCAACUAACCCCAGAGACUUCAGUAGUCCUUAAAGCAGAGUUUCACACACUAAUAAAAAACAGUCUUACAUGCUUUCAGAUACACAUGUUGGGAAAGAAUGGUUUUUAGAGACCAGUUAUCUUUCCCUGUUAUCUUAUUCUUUUUGCAUUUUGGCUGUUCUAUCUUUUAAUCAAAGUAGUAAACACAGACAAAAUCAGUAAUUAACAUUAAUAAGACAAUAUAGUCUCAAGGCUAAUGAUGAUGUUGAAUUAUUUGAAUAUAAAUGUGAACUAAUUGUUAUUGGUUUUUUAAUUUAUUUAUUUCUGAGAGCUGUGUGUUUGUAUCUGAAAUGUAGCAUUAGAUUUGGGGGCUGUAUCCAAUCUGAUAAAUACGGAUCCUCAGAAUAUAUUUUACGACUACUGAAGAUGUCUUCCUGAUCUCUUGCAGGAGGGGCAGAUUCAAGAACUUGAGAACAUUUAUUACCACGUUUUCAAUCAUCAUAUUAAUUUUUGACAAUAAGAAUUAUACUUCUAAAUAAGUCACUCAGAGAAAUGCAAAUGUCAUAUGACCUCACUCCAUUGAGGAAUCUUUAAUAAAAUGUGAUCCGACAGAAGUUAAAAGAAUAAUGUUGGUUGCCAAAGGCUGAGGAGGGAAGAGAGGAAAAGGCUGAUUAAAGUCUACGAGGUUAUAGCUGGAUAGGAGUGAAGAGUCCUGGGGCUCUAUUGUACAGUAACGUGAGAUCAGAUAUUAGUGUACUGUGUAUUUCUCUAAAAGAAAACUAGAAGAUAGAGUUUUGCAUUUUUUUCCAUAAAUAAAAGUUAAAUGUUUGAAGAGUUAAAUGAACUUACGCUAACCAUUAUACAACAUAUAUAUCUAGCAAAACACCACACAGUACUCCAUUAGUAUGUAUUUUUGUAUGUCUGUUUAAAUUUUUAAAUUUAAAACAAUUUCUUAAAUGAAUCAAGAAAUAGAAAAGUAUUUCUGAUGAAUAAAAUAUUUAUCUGCUCUUCUAUACUUAGUUUUUCUUAUCCACAAUGUUGUGCACACAUCUACAUCCAAGAUAAACUGAUUUGCAAUUUUGAGUUUAGUGCAAUGCCAGCAUUUCAGUAAAUUUCUGCUCUCUAGUUCCUGAUCAUUAAGUUCUUGCUUCUGUUGCAGAAGCCCUUAUUCAUCUCUUUGUAUUUGGGUCCCAGUAGCACACACUCUGUAAAUGGAAGAAGCAAACCAGUCAGUGGUGUCUGAGUUUAUUUUUCAGGGACUUUGUGACUCACAGGAGCUCCAGGUGAUCCUCCUACUGCCGGUUUCUAUACUCUACCUAAUGACAGUUUUGGGCAACCUCUUUGUCGUGCUAUUAACCAUCACCGACCACAAUCUCCAUUCCCCCAUGUACUUCCUCUUAGCUAAUCUCUCCUUUGUAGACUCGUGCCUUUCCUCUGUGACCACCCCUAAACUGAUCACUGACCUCCUAAAGGAUGAUAAGACCAUUUCCUUUGGGGGCUGCAUGGCCCAGAUUCUCUGUGUGCAUUUCUUUGGAGGGGGUGAGAUGGUUCUUCUGGUGACAAUGGCCUAUGACCGUUAUGUGGCCAUCUGCAAGCCACUCCAUUACUCCAGCAUCAUGGACAGACAGAAGUGCAUCUGGCUGGUUUUGACAUCAUGGAUCAUUGGCUUUGUUCACGCUAUGAGCCAACUGGCUAUGAUCUUGGAGCUGCCUUUCUGUGGACCUAGAGUAGUGGACAGCUUUUUUUGUGAUAUUCCUUUGGUGAUCAAACUAGCCUGUAUGGAUACCGAUACUUUAAGAAUAGUUAUAAACGCAGACAGUGGGCUUUUGGCAACAACUUGCUUCAUUCUCGUGCUGGUCUCCUAUACUUAUAUCCUGUUUACCAUCCAUCUUAAUGCUAAAGAGGGUGCAUCCAAGGCCCUCUCUACUUGUACUUCUCACAUCACAGUGGUGGUGCUGUUCUUUGGACCCUGCAUCUUCAUCUACCUGUGGCCAGUAAGUAUCACCUGGGUGAACAAGUUUCUGGCUGUGUUUUAUACUGUAAUCACACCUCUCAUGAAUCCAGCCAUUUACACACUAAGAAAUAAAGAGAUUAAGAAUGCCAUAAAGAGGCUGACAAAUCAGCAUGUGAACUCAAGGGAUAAUUGUUAGCAAUCUCACAUGGCGAGAAAACACACUGUGUGGCUCUCUUUUGCCACGUGUUGACUGUAAACUGAACAGCCAAUAACUGACUCAGAUCAGAAAGCUCUGGAUAACCCAAGAUGUACAGUUUGUACUUUUUAUUAUGAAAAUGUGUUUUGAAAUCCAACACUUAGAUUCUUACAACUUAAACUGCAAAAAUAAACUUUGUAUAUAUUCAUUG